AUGGCUGAAUUCGUCGGUAAAUACCUAUGCCCGUGCCUCCCACUGGCAAACGUCAGUGGACGUCGAAGUGCCAGAUCAAAGGUCAGAGCCUUGGCCAGGAAACGCCACAAAAAUAACCAAGGUGGUCCACUGAGUACGAGCGGCGUUGAAGACUCGGUGACGAUUACUCGAAAUGGGAGCCUUACCAUAUUUUCGAUCUCGGGUACCGGGGAUGACGUCUAUCCUUACGGCGAAGCUCUCCGGGACAAAGCCGAGCUGCCGGGGACAGUAUCAACCGCAGAGGAAAAGGACGCCACCCCCGAGGAACUCAAGUACAACGUGGCUGAUGGAACAAGGGCUUUAUCAGCAGAGACGCUCAUGAGGAUGCCGCAGCCUAGCAAGGCUUACGUCAGCAAUGUGAGGAUGAGGAGGCUCAUGAAAGAGUUUAAAGCAGUGACGAAGAUCAUUGAGGAAGCCAGGAAAAAGGAACAAGAGGAAAAGGAGCGAUAUGCAAAUGAUGAGGAGGAAGAUACAGACCCCCCAAAAGAAGAUGUAUCAAAGGAGGUAGUGAGUAGCAAAGAUGAAUCGCAGAGUGAAUGCGCGGAAGAGAAAUCGGGUGAAGCAUCGAAGAGCAGUGAAAGUAAGGAUUCAAACACAUCAGUAGAAUCACCUAACAAAAGUAGCAAUGAAACUGGAAGUGGAACGGCAGAAGCUGUUGCCGGUUGUUCCACAUCUACCGUAGAUGAUAAAGGGGAGAAUAGUGGAGAUAACAAGGAGGAGGGAGCGGAAGAGGGAGCAAAGAAGGGAGCGGAGAAGGGAGCGGAGGAGGGAGCGGAGGAGGGAGCGGAGAAGGGAGCGGAGGCGGUAAAGAAAGCAUUAGAAGAUGGUGGGUUUAUGACGAAUGAGAAACUGACAGGGCCACCAUACGCAGUGGAACUCGUCAAUGACAGCCUGGCCGAUUGGAAUAUCAAGCUGUUUCAUGUCAACCCCAAAUCGUCGUUGAGCAAGGACAUGAAGAAACACAACUACGAGUACAUUCUCUUUAAUAUGACCUUCCCCGACAACUUCCCGUUCGUUCCGCCUUUCGUCCGUGUUGUCAGCCCCCAUGUCGAAUACGGUUACGUGCUUGACGGCGGUGCCAUCUGCAUGGAACUGCUCACCCCGCAGGGGUGGUCGAGCUCGUACACGAUCGACGCCGUCAUCAUGCAGCUCGGUGCGACCUUGGUAGCAGGGGAUGGCCGGAUCGUACAGUCCAGUUUCCGCAGCGACGUCCCCUUCAACAAACAGGAGGCUGAGGUCAGCUUCCGUGCCAUUGUGGAGACGCACGAGCGGUAUGGAUGGCACAAGACACCAGGAGACAACAGUUAAUGGAAGACAUCCUGUGUUUUCAUUCCUGAAUAGAGUUAAUCUUCGCAUCACCUCCAUAUUGGGGGUUGGUUUGUCUGGAGCUUGGAAGGAAUCGCCAAUACCGAAUCAAAAUGUUGGUGAAUGGAAUGCGCAUCAUGAUGAAAUUAAUCCGGCUCAUUGCUGAUGUUGGUUGGAGUAGAAUCAUUCAUGGUUUUGAUUUUUUCCAACAAUUGUCGUGUUUUGUCGAUUUGGAACACAUGAAGGUGUGAAUAAAGUCUAGAACAAGGAUGGAGCAUUUUAGAAGGCACGUCGCAGUACCAGAACAUUUGAAAUCGACUAGCUAAUCACCUUGAACCUUAGGCGACCUGGAGCCUCUUGAGGAUUGUGGACGUCUUUCAAUUUUCGAUUUAGAGAGACAAUUUUUGAAUAAUGCAGAUUAAUUGUUGUAUACCACCAGAACAGACGUCAGCAGUUGGCUUUUACACCGCUUACUUUAUAUUGCAUUGCUUCACCUUUUGAAAACAAACGAUUGUAGCUUGCUACUGUAUAAUUUGUCAUUAUAAGCAUCUCUGAUGUACCACCUUAUCUUGGUUGUCACAGACAUGGUUGCUUUCAGAAUUAUUGUAUCCAUUACACUGAAUCACGCAGUGCAUCGGUAAGUAGCAUUAAUGUAUUGAUUAGCGUAUUUACAUUGACGGAGAAAAACUAUUCCGAUAUGGUAUCCUCAAAGUGCAAAGUGAAAUGCAAUACUUUGUGUGUGUCACUACUGUAGAAGCAAGAAACCCCCAAUUUAGAUCAGAGUUUGGUCAACUUGGGUUCAGUCUGUAGCACAAUGGCGUGUACUUUUUUUGGUGCAAUAUUCGCCAUAUUGUGCCCACCUAGAACCGAGUUGGCCAAAC